UUGCAAAAAACGGUAAAUAAAACGUUAACAGGAACGACCAUCUAAAACACUCGAACGUUAAAAAAUAGUUUCGAGGAAAAAACCCUUUGUAUACUUCCUUUUAUUAUUUAAUUUCAUUUUUUUAUCAUUCGAAUUUUCUUCAUGCAAUUUUUUAUUUUCUACAUGAUCAGCCAUGCGUGUUAAACAACUGUGUUUGCUAAGUUAGAUCUAAAUGUAAUAUCUGUUACCUAGAAGGGAGCUGCAAAGAUAAAAAAAAAUCAAUCAAUGCGCUAUAAAACUGGAUGAACUAAAUGAUUAGAGACCAGUACUUUUUUUUAAUUUUUUGGAGUUUAUUUUAUUUAAUUAUAAACAAGCAAGAUAAACAAGUAAGAUUUAGUUCUAUUCAAGAGAAAUUAACAGUAUAUUUGGCAGUAAACUCCUCAAAUAAUAUUUCUAAAACACCAUUACCUACACCUAAACUAACACCUGUCCAAAUAAUAACACCAAAACCGCCAACACUGUUGACAACAUCUAAACUAACUCCAAUAACUAAAUUAACCACACCACCUGCACUUAAAGAGACAGUUAAAGAGGAUGAUCAAGGCAUUACGUUUCAAAUUGCUUUUAACAAGUUUAUCGAAUUUCUUAAAGUCACAAAAAAGAAUUUUGAUGCUUGGUUAGAGUCAAAUACAUUAGAACCUCAAACAACACUGAAUAUAAUAUGGCUGUGUCUUUUUAUAUUAUUCAUUACAUUUUGUUGCUUGUGUUGUAGAUAUUGUUGCGCUAAAAAAGAAGAAAAAAAGGAGCUUAAAGAUAAAUUAGAUCUAAAACGAGAUCAUUUGUUUGGACCAAAUUACGCGGAACGCAUACAACCUAAAGUCGAAGAAAUCGAUUAUAAUAUUGAAAGUACUAUGUUUGAUGCUCUUGCAGAAAUUAAAUUAGGUCAAAUAAGGUUUUCUCUUGAUUUCAAUACUGAAGAAAAUAUUGUAGAGAUAACAGUUCAUGAAGGUAAAGAUAUACCAGCAGCUGACAUAUCUGGCUUUUCCGAUCCAUACGUUAAGGUUUUAUUAAAACCGGCAGGCAAAAAAGAAUACAAAACUAAAACAAAAAAAUCUACACUUUCACCUUCUUACGAAGAAACAUUUUUUAUGAAAAAUGUGACAUAUGCAAAUUUUACAACCAGUACCUUAACGCUAAAAGUGUACGAUCACAAUCGAUUUGGUCCUCAUGAAUUAUUAGGUGAGGCAAAUAUACCUAUUAACGAUAUUGACUUGAGUAAAGGUAAAAUUACUGAAUGGCGAAUUAUAAUGCCUGAAUUUAAAUCUGAAGUUGGUAAAUUUGGAAAGGAUUUUAAACUUGGUCAUAUUUGUAUUGGCUUAGGUUAUGCUCCAAAUACAAGUGUACUUGCAAUAUUUGUAUUAAGUUGCUACAAAAUAAAGGCGGUUGAUGAAAGCGGAUCUUCGGACCCUUACGUAACGUUUUUUUUAAUACAAGAUGGAAGAAAAGUGAAAAAAAGAAAGACAACAGUUAAACUGAGAACUUUAAAUCCUUCAUUUAAUGAAUCUUUUGCUUUUGAAGUCAACUUUGAGAAAAUUGAAGAAACUUCUUUAAUGUUUGUUCUUGCAGAUUAUGAUAAAGGGCAACCAGGAGAACCUAUUGGUCAAACAAUAAUUGGACCUCUUGGCCAGGGAUUAGGAAUAAAACACUGGGAGCAAGUGCGGAGAUCUCCUGGAAAGCCAAUUUGUUAUUGGCAUAUGUUAAAACCAGUACCAGUAGCAGAAUAGUUUAUAUAUGUUGUACUAUAAAGUUGUAUUUUCAGACAGAAAAUAUUUGUGCUUUUAGUUAGGUAUUAAA